AUGCACGGGCGUUCAGUUGCAAGAAUAGAUCGCAGAAGAUUCCAGAAGCGCGGGAGCCAACGAGGAGACCACCCCUUACCAAGAGACCACCCCUUCAAAGACUACCUCUCUGAGAACCACCCCUUCAAAGACCACCCUUCCAAGAGACUACCCUCUCUGAGAGACCACCCCUUUCAAGAGACCACCCCUCUGAGAGAACCACCCCUCAAGAGACCAUCCCUCUUGAAGACCACCUCUUUGAGAGACCACCCCUUCAGAACCACACCUCUCAAGAGAACACCUCUUGAGACACUCUUCAAGAGACCACCCUCUGAGCAGACCACCCUUCAGAUUCCACCCUUCAAGAGACCAACCACCCUUCAAGAGACCACCCCUUUGAGAAACCUCUUUGAAGACCACCCAUCAAGAGACCAACACCCUUCAAGAGACCACCCCUUCAAGACACCACCUCUGAAGACCACCCCUUCAAGAGGAGACCACCUCUUUGAGAGACCACCCCUUCAAGAGACCACCUCUCUGAGAGACCACCCCUUCAAGAGACCACCCCUCUGA